AUCAAAUUUCGUCCCCGUAACCGAGCCAGCCCGAUUACCGGGCUCAUAUGAAGAGGCCCGUAGACGACUAUUAUGGUCUGUUAGAAAUGAGAAACGGGGACUGAGUACGUUGCUUGAAUUGUUUAUGUUUCUUGCAAGCCCUGUUGAAAUUUCUGUUCGUAGUUAAAGCGACGUAUUCCGGCCAUUUUACUAGCUCAUCUUGUUACGUGCAGUAUGACUAGAGAUCAAAGAUUUUCCCGCCUUUCCACACAGCGCUUUGCAAAGUAGUUUUGACGUUGCUCGCACGACAUCGACAGACUGGUCUGGUGCGGACGCCAUUUGUAAUAAGCUACAUGAUCAAGCAAGCUGCCGCAUUCACCUCGGAUAAAGUAAAAGAUGUCUUCGAAUCUGGACAAAAUAGACGAUAUGUCAGAAUGUUGCGACAUAAUGAAAUCCUUUGGUCUUCCAACGAAAGGAAUCAACACUCUGGAUGAGAUGAAGACCACGCUGAGCAAACAUUUGAAAGACUUAGAAGGAGCAUCUACACGAAAGGUUGGAGAGACACACCAGGUCCUCUCGGAAGCUAAGAAAUCAGAUGCUGCAAAACGUGAGAAGCUUUUGGAUCUUUAUGUCACAACUGAAGUGUUCCUGGACAAACUGGAUACCGACUUCAUAGAAACGCUACAAACAAGCUUGGGAGACUUCAAAACAACUUUGAAGGAAAACAUUGAAAGCUUCAAACCGAGAGAUCAGUAUAUCGUCCUUGUUGCAGGUGAGACAAGUGCUGGUAAAAGCAGUGUCAUCAAUUUGAUUCUCGGAGACGAUCUUCUGCCCCAUUCAACGUUGAGCACAACAUCAACAAUCUGCGAGUUGAAAUAUGGCGAGAAGCCAAAGAUUGGUGUGCACUUCAAGGAUUCCGGCACAGAGAAUCGUGAGCCAAUGUUCCAUGAAUUUGUCACGCAUGGAGAAGAAACCUACCAAGAGCAGAUAGAAAAAUUCGUCAGCCUGAGGACCAAUCGAGAAAAAACACCUUACAAGAAGGUAGAAUUGUUCUGGCCACACCCAUUGCUUGAGGAGGGUAUUAUGAUAGUUGAUAGCCCUGGAGUUGGAGAAAGCGACGUCAUGAGUGAAUUUGUCCUCAACUACUUGCCUCGUGCCUUCUGCUUCAUGUAUGUCAUCAACAGUGUCAACGCUGGAGGGAUUCAGGAGGACAGGCUAGGAAAAAUACUCAACUGCGCUCAAACCCUCAAGAAAAACGCCAAGAUGGACCUGACACUAUUCACCGGUUGUACGUUGUUUGUUUGCAACAAGUGGGAUCUGAUUGACGGCAAAGAACGCGAGGAAGUGAAAAAGGAACAAAUCGAAAAACUCACGAAGAGGCUUGGUAACCUAAACCCGAAAUCCCAGAUCGUGUAUUUGUCAUGCAAGACUGCACAGUUGGCUCAGACGUAUGGUGUAAUCACAGGAGAGUUUAACGACUUAAUCGCAGGAAUUCGUAGUCUCGUUGUAUCAUCUAUGCAGAAUAAUCUUCUGAUGUAUACUCGAUGGCUCGAGGAUCUCCUUAAACACGUCUCUCGUCAAAUCAGAAUGUUUCUGAAGUCAGCAAAAAUGUCGCAUCAAGAAACAGAGAAAGAGAUCAAAAGAGUGAUGAGUCGUAUGCAGGAACUAAAAAGCUCUCAGGAACGUAGAUUUGAUGAACUGAGUCAACAUCAGUCGCAAAUAUUUCAAGAGAUCAUUCAAAAGCUAGCGGCGCACUUUAAAUCCGAGAAAACUAUCAAGAGCUUUUGUGAAUGGUCUAUUGGUGAAACCCCCGCAGCCUUAGCGACAUGGCGAGAGACGAAGAGUAAAGCACUGGAAUACGUUUCUGAGAGAACACACCAGUUUGUUCAGCAAUGGGAAGACGACAAACGCGAAUUUAAAAAAGCACAGGAUUCAUUGAUCCAGUAUUGUACUGAAAAGUACGAUGUAAUGGCAGAGGAAAUCUGCAAGGUGGAAGAACAAUCUUUCCUUGAUGAGACCGAAGCGGACGUUUCACAAGACGAAGACGUGACACAAAGCAACUCCCAGAAAAGUACUGCGCCAACAUGGCUUCGGCAAGGCUUGGCAUCUGUGGUUGUUAGUUCCCCUCUAGCUUUCAGUAAGCUCGGUGCCAAAUUGAAGGAGAUGACCCAUCAUAAAACUAAACUGGAGAGCUACAACGACGAUCCAUGUAGCUAUAUGUCAAAAAGAUCACGUAAAUGCCUUAAAGUCAUUUCUACCCACGACCGACUGCUUCCUUUCAUCAAUACACAACUGGAAGACGCAGUGCAGUUUCUUAAACAGAUCAAGGAGAAGAUACCUCGACUGAGAGAAGGCGACGAACAGUCGUACCAGCAACUACUUGAAAACAAAAGAAGCAAAACUGAAAUUCAAGAAAUUUACGAGCCUUUGAAGGAACAGAUAAGGUUGUUGCAACGCAGCCUGACCGUCUACAAUGUCAGUGAGGUCAGGAAGUCUGCUUUCACAGAUGAAGAGUUGAAAUGCGAUGAGUCCAUUAUUGGGGAAGGUAGCUUCUCGACAGUGUACAAAGGUGUUCUUUCUCGCGAAGGACAACCAGAAAUAAAGGUUACACUUAAGAGGUACAGGGAUCCACUCACGACUAACAACAUAUGGCAUUUCGUUGACGAGGAGCGAGCUUUAAGGAAACUAACUCAUCCUUACAUUGUGAAGUUUUAUGGAACCAAUCUUCAGCAUGGUCGAAAUGGAACAAAAGUGUUGAUUGUCCUAGAACUGUGCAGCUGCUCCCUUCGGUCUUGGGUAAUUUCUCAUCCGAUGAACGCCCCUGCGCGAUUGUCAAGUGAAGAAGUCAAGAAGAAGGUGUUAGGGUGGGCUCUGAAUAUCUUGGAUGCCUUGCAAUAUAUUCAUGAUGAAGGAUUUGUUCACCGUGAUUUAAAAUUGGAUACUAUUUUGCUGACGCCCGACGGAGAGGUAAAACUCGCAGACGUGGGAGUGGCUAGACCGGAAAACGAAAUAACGGGUAAAGUAUGCGGCACCUCGAUAUACUUAGCCCCUGAAGUCUUCGAGGGUCGAAUCUACAACAGCAAGGCCGAUAUGUACAGUUUUGGGUAUGUUCUUUGGGAGCUGUGGUACGGCGAGACUGCGUUUCGAGCCGCCAUUGCCAGCAAACCACAGCACAUGCUUCUGGAAGAAGUGACGAAACGGGACCUUCGACCCACUCACAUUAAUGGCACGCACCAUCCAUGGGGAAUCUGGCAACACGUCAUGACAUCGUGUUGGAACAAAGAGCCAAGCUCAAGACUGACAGCACGUAAGGGAUUACAGUGUUUAACAAAGGUACGGGAUGGAGGAGACUUUCCCAAGAAAAAACCACCACCGCCUCCGAAGUCGUCAAUUUCCCGAAGGAAAACGCCACCAACGAAACCAAAGCCAGCUCCUCGCCCAAAAAACCUGAAAGCAGCAGCUGUUUCAUAUAAUCGCGAAGCAGAAGACGGGACUGCAGUGCGUUUUGAGCCUAACAGGAACUAGUAAAUGAUAUUCCAGUUGCUGCACAUACAUUUUGAAUUCUUUAUCUUAGCAUCAUUAACAAAAAGUUUGUGUCAUUUCCUAGGUGAAAUAGAAUCAGUUUAGAAUCAGUCAUUUUAUUUCGAUGUUCUCGAGUCAACAUUAAACAUCCUCUAAGCAGUGAAGGAUCUGCCUGCAGGCCUGAGGGAAAAAUCUUCUCGUUUGCGGUUUACAGAAGCGGGUUUAAUCUAUCUUGGCAGAUCAGCUAUUAACUAAUCCUCCUCUCCUGCAAAUUCAUCUUGAGGUUAACACAUGAGCUGGCCUGACCACUGACAGGGCUUCUAGAUUUUUAUUAGUGACUUUUAUUGCUAUGUUAAUGUUAGCUGGAUAGACACAGCUUUUAAACAUGUUGACGCGGUCAGAUUGUUAUAAUCAUUAAAUCUGGAAAUCUAGACGAAUAACAAGCCAGAACAAGUCAAAACGCAACGUUAGGGCAAAAGCGAUGUAUUAAUUAAUGUCUCGAAUAUAUAUCGUAUAGUUUUUUGCUAGAUUCAUAGAUUUUUAUGCUAGGUUAUUAACAGAAGUAUGUUGUACAAAAUAAUGCUAAGUAUCCAUGCUCAUUAGCACGAAUGCAGAUGGCAUAGACUUGCUCGAUUGCCGUAUAUAAACAGACGUUUUGCCUGAUCUUUCCAGGACCAAUUUAUACUGUCAGUUAGACUGUUUGCAAUAAUAUAAUAGGAUUUCUGUGUAGUUAGCUAUUUAAGGAUUAGGCUGUUUUUAAACCAAGAACUAAAACCAUGCAUAAGAAUAACGUGUAAGGGUAGCAGGGUUAUACCGUCAAUAUGUCCGCCGUGCGCACAUGCGCAAUGUUGAUAACUUUUCAAUUAACGAUCAAAAUCAAAUGCCUGUCACGUCAAAUGCCUACCACAUCUUCUUUUGAGUUCUAAAACAUUGAUGAGCGUAUAUGGAAUUAAAUGUAUUGUAGACUAUCCGGUAUUAAUAUAGAUGACUGGUUAUAAGUUGGAAAUUUGAUUGGCACUAGAUUGAUGCCUGGUUAUUACAGACUUUCUUAACGUUAGUAACAUUACGAAAGUCGGCUAGAAUAAAUAAUCAUCAUCAUUAUCAAUUCAUGUUGGUUCAAAAAUAAUGAAAAUUAUAUGUUAAUUUGUUUGUCAAUGUAUUUAGCAAUGCGGUGCUAGAUAACUGAGGACACUAAAAAGCGAACAAAUAUUGCACAUAUAAAAUUGUUAACAACCUGGGUGCUGUGUAAAUUGAACUAUAAACACAGUAUUUAGGAAGAAAUCAA